UCUCCUAUUAUUUUCUAAAUUCUGUGCUAACAGAAUCGACUUUAGCUGAAGAAAGAGAGGAAUGAAGUGCCUUCUGCUUCUAUUUUUGUUCUUUGUAACAUUUUCUUCUGCAUUUCCUGCAGCCCAAAUGAUGGAAAAUGAAGAAAACGUGCAACUGGCUCAGGCAUAUCUCAACCAGUUCUACUCUCUUGAAAUCGAAGGGAAUCAUCUUGUUCAAAGCAAGAAUUGGAGUCUCACAGAUGACAAAAUUCGGGAAAUGCAAGCAUUUUUUGGAUUGACAGUGACUGGAAAACUGGACUCAAACACCCUUGAGAUCAUGAAGACACCCAGGUGUGGGGUGCCUGAUGUGGGUCAGUAUGGCUACACCCUCCCUGGGUGGAGAAAAUACAACCUCACCUACAGAAUAAUAAACUAUACUCCGGACAUGGCACGAGCUGCUGUGGAUGAGGCUAUCCAAGAAGGUUUGGAAGUGUGGAGCAAAGUUACUCCACUAAAAUUCACCAGGAUUUCAAAGGGGAUUGCCGACAUCAUGAUUGCCUUUAGGACUCGAGUCCAUGGUCGGUGUCCUCGCUAUUUUGAUGGUCCCUUGGGAGUGCUUGGCCAUGCCUUUCCUCCUGGUCCAGGUCUGGGCGGUGACACUCAUUUUGAUGAGGAUGAAAACUGGACCAUGGAUGGAACAGGAUUCAGCUUGUUUCUUGUGGCUGCUCAUGAAUUUGGUCAUGCACUGGGGCUAUCUCACUCCAAUGAUCAAACAGCCUUGAUGUUCCCAAAUUAUGUCUCCCUGGAUUCCAGAAAAUACUCACUUUCUCAGGAUGAUAUCAAUGGAAUCCAAUCCAUCUACGGAGGUCUGCCUAAGGUCACUGCUAAGCCAAAGGAACCCACUAUACCCCAUGCCUGUGACCCUGACUUGACUUUUGAUGCUAUCACCACUUUCCGCAGAGAAGUAAUGUUCUUUAAAGGCAGGCACCUAUGGAGGAUCUAUUAUGAUAUCACAGAUGUUGAGUUUGAAUUAAUUGCUUCAUUCUGGCCAUCUUUGCCAGCUGAUCUGCAAGCUGCAUAUGAGAGCCCCAGAGAUAAGAUUCUGGUUUUUAAAGAUGAAAAUUUCUGGAUGAUCAGAGGAUACGCUGUUUUGCCAGAUUAUCCCAAAUCUAUCCAUACAUUAGGCUUUCCAAGACGUGUGAAGAAAAUUGAUGCAGCCGUCUGUGAUAAGACCACAAGAAAAACCUACUUCUUUGUGGGCAUUUGGUGCUGGAGAUUUGAUGAAAUGACUCAAACCAUGGACAAAGGGUUCCCACAGAGGGUGAUAAAAUGCUUUCCUGGAAUCGGUAUCCGUGUUGAUGCUGCUUUCCAGUACAAAGGUUUCUUCUAUUUCAGCCGUGGAGCAAAGCAAUUUGAAUACGACAUUAAGGCAAAGAAUAUUACCCGAAUCAUGAGAACUAAUACUUGGUUUCAAUGCAAAGAACCAUUAAACUCAUCAUUUGGUUUUGAUAUCAACAAGGAAAAAGCACAUUCGGGAGGCGUAAAGAUAUUGUAUCGUAAGAGUUUAAGCUUGUUUAUUUUCAGUAUGGUUCAUUUGCUGAAAAAACACUUCUAGUUAUCAAUAAAUUCAUAGACCUAAAAUAAACCUAAACAGGUCUUUUGAUAUAAAUUCUGCUUCAAAGUAGAAUAAAACCAUUCUUUAACAACAAGUUGCCAGUCCUAGUUCUAAAUAUCUAAAUUCAACAGCCAUUUUGAGCUGCCUUAUGCUUUUAAUAGGAAGUUAUUAUGUAGAAACAAAAUCUCUGACUGUAUGUUAAGUCUAUUUCAUGCCUUGUGAACUUGGAGAAGUAAGGCAUGUCUUAUAACUAAAUACUAAAAACAUUUAUUAAACCAAUCAUUAGCAUUCUA